AUGUUGUCGGCAAGAGUGAACGCGGCCGCGGCCCUCCUCGCCUUGAGCUGGGCGGGCGCCGCCGUCGCCGAAUCGUCAGCCGGUUGCGGCAAGGCCCCGACCAUCGAAAGCAAGCAGUACACGAUGCAAGUUAACGGCAAGCAGCGGGAGUACAUCAUGAAGCUGCCCGACAACUACGACCAGACUCGCCCUUACCGGUUGGUCUUCCUGUGGCACCAACGGGGCGGCAGCGCCACCAAGAUCGUGCAAGGCGAGGACCCCAACGCCGGCGGCGUGAUCCCUUACUACGGCCUGCCGCCCUUGGCCAACGACAGCGCCAUCUUCGUGGUUCCCAACGGUCUCAACUCCGGCUGGGCCAACACCGGCGGUGAGGACACCACCUUCUUCGACCAGAUGGUCGAGACGAUCGAGGCCGACCUCUGCGUCGACACCAACCUGCGCUUCGCCACCGGCUUCAGCUGGGGCGGCGGCAUGUCCUACAACCUCGCCUGCUCGCGGCCCGAGAUGAUGCGGGCCGUGGCCGUGCUCUCCGGCGCCCAGCUCAGCGGCUGCGAGGGCGGCACCCAGCCCGUCGCCUACUACGCCCAGCACGGCACCUCCGACUCGGUCCUCAACGUCGCCAUGGGCCGCCAGCUGCGCGACAAAUUCGUCCAGAACAACGGCUGCACCGCCCUGUCGUCGGAGCCCAACCCCAACGGCGGCCAGUCCGUCAAGACCGAGUACGAGGGCUGCACCGAGGGCUACCCCGUCACCUGGGUCAUCCACAACGGCGACCACAACCCCUCUCAGGUCGACCAGGGUUCGUCGGACCCCUUCGCGCCUGCGAACACGUGGGAGUUCUUCUCGCAGUUCACCUAG